AUGGAGGUUAGCAAGGAGAUGCCGUCAUACACGAGAGAGCGGAUCAAGCAUGACUACCAUAUCCAGAGCGAUUUCCUUAAAGUUGCAUUGAGGAUAGACAGCUCCGAAUAUCCGCUCCGCCGCGCAGUGCUCCUGAAGAACUUCAUUGUCCAAAAGUAUUCUGGGCUUGUAAAGGAAGAACAAGAGAAUCAAGCUAAAGCCCGCAGAGCAAACCCAUACACAAGUCACCCCGUUAUAAAACAAGAAGUUCAAGAACCAUGCAAUGAAUGGGACAUACGGAAGAGAGUUGAGGAGGCGAAGGUCUGGAGGAACUUGGCCAACGCGGUGGCAUUGGCGCGCGAACGCUUGACAGGUGCUGAUCUUGAUAUCUUCGAAGCCCUAAUUGCUAGACCAAUGCCUGGAGUCAACCAGGACGAACUUAUCAUCAGAUGGAUUCGAGGAGUUAUUCCAGAUCAGUUACCUGAUCUGAGGCUGAGAAUUCAGAUCGUCUCUCGUUGGUCCCCCCUAUUCAGGAUGUGGGCCAAUCAGAACCCGCCUCGGUGCCUGCCGAACUUUGCUUCAGUUGAAGCAACCUCGAUUCAAGCCGCAACUUCCAUAUUUGAGAAUUGCCAAUGUUUAAAGCCACAUAUAAACCUAACCCACUCUCCCAACAGUUCCAGAUUCCUCCUGAUCACCAGAAAAUUUACGACAAUAACCCUUCUACAACUAGGCACAGAUCCUGGCCUCUCAACUCCUACAUAUCUAACAUAUACUUCCCCACUCGACCUUAAGAUGAAUAACACAGAACACAAAGACGAUCUUGCGACUGUUUACGAGUGGGAAGAAAACCUGGCCUACGGAGACUACGAGCCAGAGAAUGAAGAACCCCCCCAGACUCCAGCUGAAGUUCCCCUUGAAGCCCCCAGGGGAGACAAGCGCAAGGCGUCAGAUGAUUAUGCUCAGCACGACUUGGACGAACCAGCACCUAAACGAAUCAGACGAGAGAAUAACAGCGAGGAACUGCUAGAUGGGGUAGAGUCUGGAUACGCCGAUGACGCAGACGCUGAGUUUGAAGAUGAAGCCGAGUCCAUGUUAACGAAUACUGGAUGCCUUCCUUACGACGAUGGUACAAAGCAGGAAGACAAAUUGAACCGUGAAAGGGCUAAGCUAUGCUAUUUCUUCUCCCGCGGGAGAGCGUGUAAGCGUGGACAGAAAUGCCUGGCCGUCCAUGAUGUGGAAGUGCGCGAGGAGAAUAUCAGCAGAGCGAGUGAGCAGAUGGUAGAGGUGCUGCGGAAAGCGGAAGAAGCUAAAGCGUCGAGGGAAAGCGGGGAGGAUCCGGAGUUCGCGGUCUUGGUGAGUGGGUAUGAGGAGAUUGGUAUGCUAGCUUAUGAGAUGCUUACGAAUGGCUUCGCGCAAUACGAACCCAUGUACUUCGAAUGGAGCUCGCAGUUCUCGAAGGAGGAGAGGGAGAAGCUGGAAGAUCGUUACUCGCUACCGACAGAUUUCGUCCGCAUCGCGUUCUCCACGGUAGAGAACCAGCGGAAUGCAAUUGUGGGAAAAAAUCGUAAAAGGCUCGGGUAUAAAGGGCCGGCAUUGCUGGUCCAAAGAUAUAUUGCCGAGAAGUCAUCACUCUCUGCAAUGAAAGACGGGAGCGUGGUGUUAGGUGCAGACACUCUCCACGAAAGGAUUACCACCAAGGCGGAGGAAUUUCAUAGAAAGAAGCAAUUAAUCCUGAAUCUGGGUUGGAUGUUGGAAGGAUUACCAGAUGGAUGA